AUGAUUGAAAUAACUGACACUCAAAAAAUUGGUGUAGGCUUGGCAGGGUUUGGAAUGACCUUUCUGUUCCUUGGAGUGCUCUUACUCUUUGAUAAAGGAUUAUUAGCCAUUGGAAAUAUCCUGUUCAUAAGUGGUCUCGCAUGUGUGAUAGGCAUCCAGAGGACUUUCUUCUUUUUCUUCCAGCGGCAUAAAAUCAAAGCAUCUGUGGCGUUCUUUGGUGGCAUCACAAUUGUUCUACUCGGCUGGCCUAUGGUGGGCAUGAUAGCGGAGAUAUAUGGAUUCCUAUUAUUGUUUAGAGGUUUCCUGCCUGCGGCUGUGAAUUUCCUCCGAAUGGUUCCUGUUUUUGGAUCCGUACUUAAUUUACCUAUUAUUCGGGGGAUCGUGGACAGGAUAGCGGGCGACAACGGCCGUAAUAUGGUAUGA